CUUUCCAGGUGCGUGCCACCGCUAGCAGCACUAACGCAUAUGUAUAAAAGGUCGCUCAUGGGGCGCUCAUUAUUUCUGUAUGCUUUGAUCGGAUAGGAGGGAACUGUCCGCGUCUCUGUGGGCCUUGUUUCUUUUCUAGUGUUUUUGGGCUGAAUCAGAGCACUCGUUCUGUUUUGAUGCCAGGGAGUUGAGUUCAGACUUCAGAAUGGUGAGGAAGCACGGAUGGCAACUACCUGCUCACACCUUUCAGGUUGUUGCAAUUACUGUGUUCUGCUUGUUGGUGGUUGCAUUCUAUGCUUUCUUUGCACCUUUCCUUUGGGGCCGCAUUUGGGAAUAUGCUUUAAUUGCUGCCUAUUCUCCAGUGGCACUCCUUGUUUUCAUUCUCUAUGUUCGAAGUACUGCAAUCAAUCCUGCAGAUCCUGGCAUCAUGUCUAAAUUUGAUUCCAAAGGUUUAAAUAAACCUAAUGCAAUGCAAGGGAUAUUGACCAAGGACCAGCCCAGAAAAUUUGACGAGAUUGGAUCCAGGCUGCCUUCUUCUCCAUCAUCGAUGUCUAAGAGUUCCAUAGGUGUAGCUAACUCUAGUAAGAAAGGUUCUGCUGGGGAAGUUGGGAUAGAAAAAAUUCCAGUGGAACCUGCAAGUCAAAAAUCAUUUUUAUGUAAUUUUAAGAUUCUCUGCGCACUGUUUGUACAUGAAGAUUGCUGCAAACAGGAAGCAGUGGCUGGGCAACAGGGCACAGGUGAAGAUGCUUUGUUCUGCACAUUGUGCAAUGCUGAGGUGGGCAAAUUCAGCAAACACUGUAGAAGUUGUGAUAAAUGUGUGGAUGGAUUUGAUCACCAUUGUCGGUGGCUUAACAACUGUGUGGGGCGAAAAAAUUAUGUAACAUUUAUCUCUCUUAUGGCCAGUAGUCUCAUUUGGCUUGUAAUUGAAGUUGCAGCUGGUAUUGCUGUCCUAGUGCGUUCUUUUGUUGACAAGAAAAGUAUGGAGACUGAAAUUAUCGAUAGACUUGGAAAUGGUUUCUCUCGUGCCCCAUUUGUUGCAGUAGUGGCCGUAUGUACUGCAGUGUCAUUGCUGGCAUGUUUACCUUUGGGUGAACUAUUCUUUUUCCACAUGUUACUAAUUAAAAAGGGUAUUACAACUUAUGAGUAUGUUGUGGCAAUGAGGGCUGUGAGUGAGGUGCCUGCAGGAGCAUCUAUAGAUGAGGAGCUGUUAAAUGGGCUAUAUUCUCCCACAGGAUCUGCUACAACUGGCUUUAGUGGUGGAAGUUCUUUAGGACUGCAGCACAAGGGUGCAUGGUGUACCCCUCCUAGGGUGUUUGUGGAUUACCAGGAUGAGGUUGUCCCUCACUUGGAGCCUGGAAUGCUCCCCUCAACCGUUGACCCAGAUGCUGAUGGUGCAGAAAUGAGAAAUAAGGUGCCCAAAAGGCCUGUUCGAAUGAGUGCAUGGAAGCUCGCAAAGUUAGAUUCCAAUGAGGCCAUGAAAGCAGCAGCCAAAGCUAGGGCGUCAUCAUCUGUUCUUCGGCCAAUUGACAACCGACGCAUGCCUGAUAUUGGAUUGAGCUCCAGUGGAGACAUGAGUUUCAGAAGCAGUGCGAGUAUGGACACAGUAGGAAAUAAGGAGGUCAAGAGUGAAUUGAGGCUGUCACCUUUGAGAAAUUCCUUUGCUCCAAGUCAGCCUAGUUUGGAUGGAUAUGAAACUGGAACUCAGAGUGCGAGUAGUUUCAGCAGUCCAAGUCAUGUUCACGAGUCUCUAACACUUGCUCCUCUGCCACAAGUUCGAGGUUUGGGUCAUCUUAGUGCUCCUAAUUCUGCUCCCACUGUUGUUGCUGAUCGACUUGCAACUUCAGGGACUGCUUUCCCCAACACAAACAAGGCAAUAUCCCGUCCAUCCUCUGGAUUUGAUGAAGCUAUCAUACAAAAGGGAAGUAAUGCAGAUCCAUUAUUGCUUUCUGCUCCUGCAGUUCCUUUUAUGAAAGAUGCUAAGAGAACAUCUGUUAUUUGGGAUCAAGAAGCAGGGAGGUACAUAUCAGUCCCUUUAUCAGCAUCGGAAACUCAAAACAGAUCAUCACUGCAAAUCAGUGUGUCAAAUUCCAAUACAGAAAUUUCGAGUCAUAGGAGGCGAGUUAUUCCAUGGCAGGAGUCGUCAUCUUCUUUAACAGUUCAGUUGCAGCAAUCAGAAAGGCUGAUGUACACCGGGGAGUCUAUUUUCUUUGCUGGUCCCCGAUUGAGUUUACCAGUUACAGAUGGUCAAAGAAAGGAGGGUAGUUCAGGUGUAAGAGAGGUCCAAGAGACUUCAACACCAAUCUUGCCUCAAAAGUCUAGAUUGAAAAGAGAAGUGUCUUCAAACCAGCUUCCUGUGUUCAUCCCCGGAGGUCUCCAUAAGAAACCUCCAUCUGGCUUGGAUUUGUAGUAGUACAAGGUUUUUAGACCCCUGACAAAACAACUGUAUUUGGGUUUUCUUCAAUCACUGAUGAGCGGAAGGAUGUACGAGUUGAAAGUGCUUGUUGAUAAAGGCUGCUCCUGAAUCCAGGAACUCUGCUGCAAGCACACUGCUGGUUGUGUGAUGUGGUUGGUUCUGAGAAGAAUUAAGCACACUGGCAUUAGGAGAAAUUUGCUUAUCAGAAGGGAAUUCCAAGAAAUAUGGCUCUCUCGGUGGCUGGGAGGGGUUUUUCCUUCCUGAAAAUUGUGAACGCAGUAGGAUUCAGCUUUCGUCAAUAGGCUUCAGAAAAAUCAUCAACCAAGUCUCACUCCCUGCUGUUGCAGCUUCUGUGCAGAUUCUGUUAAUGUCAAUCCCUGUUGGUUUAUGAACUUCACUUCUUUCUACUACUAUCUAGAUCUCCAGCCACGUCCUCACAGUUUGUUGCUCCCUUUCAAUGGAUACAUAUAUUCAAACAAGUUUUUACAUUCUAUGAACUCAGCAUCGGCCUGAAAGGAGAAUAUCCUGUAAAUUAAACCAUAGGGACUAAAUUUGCAGGUCUCUGAAUUGCUGUGAUUCAAAGAUUGAUAAUUAUUCUUUUGAGUUGGAAAGAAGAGAGAUUGUAUAUUUGCAACUUUAACAGGACUCGUGAAUUGUAGUGGUGGGAGGUACGAAAUUUCAAAUUUGAACAUGAAAAAGCAAAGUUGAAAUGAAAUAAAAUAUUUAAUGAAAA